AAUAACCAAAAGUUGUCCAUUUUGACCUCCUACAAACCUGCCACAUCUCACCCCUGUCAAUUCUCUCACUAACUCACUUAAGAUCCAUUUCCCCCAAUUUCAUCCACCACCACCACCACCAUGACAGACGCACCGGAAAACCAACAACCACCGUCAACACCGUCGCAACCACCACCACCACACAUCCACCCACGCCGCGAGCCAUUUGAGCACGGCCUCAUACCCUUACAAAAACUCAUCUUCACUGACGGAACACAAACCCUAACCUCCAUCCGCGACAAAUUCCUCCAAUCUCCACCACCAAACCACCGCGUUAACUCCGCCGCUGUCUCCGAACACCUCCAGAUCUCACCGGAACACGCUCGCCUCGUUAUCGAUACGAUUGCGUCCGUUCUGUACUCCGAUUCGGAUCCGCUUGUUGUUGCGAAGGCGGAUGAGGUGGAUUCUGUAGGUGUUAAUGUGUAUGAUCUGAUGAUUUUUUUGUAUAUACAGUCGUAUAAGCGGUUGCUUCCUCGAGGUCAUAAGGAUUCCGCUGCUGUUGCGGAUGUGUGGCCUUCUACUUCUGCUUUUGAUGGAUUUUUGUCCGCUCUUACGCCGUUACAGCUUGUGCGUAGCAACAGCAAGAGGUCUAUGCCAUCGCAAGCUGAUGAAGAAGCUCACCAGUUAUCUUAUUUACAAAAGCACAUCGGCAAUAUAAUCUCACUUUUGGCUGACUCUGUGGAAGGUGAAGGCGAAGAUUCACUGGUUUUAACGAUGGAGAAAUUUGAGCAUCUUGGGUUUCUAAUCUACUUUGGUGAAAAAGGAAUGGAAAAAGUUCCUUUGAGCCAAAACGCACCGUUUUUUGCAAAUUCAGAUCCCGACAUGCCAGCUGUCCCUGUUCCUGCAUCUCAGGUUCAUGAUUGGAUUUUGCAAAAUAUUUCUGAUGCAUUGGAUCGAAUCUCUGAAAGAGCUGCUGCAAAAGAAAACGGUCAAACCAGUCCUUCUGAUCAAGAUGUUUUAAUGACUGACGUCUCUCCUAACUCUAAAACACCAACCAGUGGUAAAGGUCCCAGUUUUAUAGAAGGCGUUUCGAAACAAUCGUAUGUAAAGCAAGCAUCUGAACUUAAGGGACCUUUUGUAAAGGUUGUGAACUGCCAUGAAUCUGUGAUUUACGUGUUAGCUCCUUUGAAAUAUGCCACCAUAUACGGGUGCUCUGAUGCCACUAUAGUGCUUGGUGCUGUUGGAAAGGCUGUAAGAGUUGAACACUGUGAAAGGGUUCAUGUGAUUUCAGCAGCAAAGCGAAUCUGCAUUGCUAAUUGUCGUGAGUGUAUUUUUUUCUUGGGUGUAAACCAACAGCCUCUUAUUGUUGGUGACAACCAUAAGCUGCAGGUGGCACCAUAUAAUACAUUUUACCCGCAAUUGGAGGAACACAUGAAACAAGUGGGAAUCGAGGCUAGUCCAAACAGAUGGGACGAGCCCGUUGCAUUGGGCUUGAUUGAUCCGCAUGAUUCUCUUUCUCAUCCAGCUGGCAUAUCCGAUUGUCAAACUGAGUCAGCAACCCGAGUGGAUCCUGAUCAAUUCACAAACUUCUUGAUUCCCAACUGGUUAGAAGGUCAAGCAUCUGGAUCCACAAAAGAUAACCCAUUUCCACUGCCUGAUGUCUAUUUGUCAAGUCAGCGAAGAAAUGAAAAUAAUUUGGUGGAAGUUAAGCAGAUACUGAAAGAAGCACCCCUGGAAGAUAGCAGGAAAAAGGAGUUAUCAACUGCACUUCAUGUCUACUUUAAAGACUGGUUAUAUGCUUCUGGGAACAUUAGACAAUUAUAUUGUCUACAAGGCGAGUAGAGAUGUGAAUUGUUAGUUGCAAUCAAGCAAAACAAUAUAAAACUCUCAGCUGGGGCAAUUUACGAUUUUGCCAUUAAUAUUGGUGUUGUUAUAUGUUCCUCUAGAUGAAUAGAAUAUAACUUUUAUAUCUUGUUUUUUUUUUCUUUUUUUUUUGUUUAGGACUCCUCACUCAGCAUUGUUUUAUGUUUGAAACAUGCAUCUUUGUUUAAUCAAAUCCGUUACAUUCAUUAUGACUUAUUUGUUCAA